GGACACCACCCCCUUCUGGCUAAUAUGUUACUGUCACAACAAUCACUUCAGUUCCGUUUUCAAAUACAGAAGUUGGGCAGAGCGUGAAGGAGUCUUUGGUUUCGCAUGUUCAGAUGUCACCAUCACAAGGACAGUUAGUGUUCAGUAUUCACCAUGAAGCUAGAGAUUUGUCUGUUCCUCAGCAUGACAGUUUUCUGCGUAUCGACAGCUGAUUUUUCUCCUCCAGUGGUAAACAUCAGUCUGGACGUGCCUGCAUAUCAGCGAUGGACUCCUCUGAAGAACCUCUAUGACAUCGAUUUCUUGAGAAAAGCUGCAUCUGAAGUGAUCGACUCAACUGUUCCCAAAUGGGUUCAUGAUGCAGUUAAACCGAUAGUGAACGCUCUGGAGAAAUACAUCCCACAGCCGUAUGCUGGAGAAAUACAGGGCAUGGCAUCCUUCUAUGGCACUGACAUUGCAGAUAUUGUGCUGUUGAACUUUGCCUAUGAAGUAUCUGCCUUUUGCACCAGUAUUGUAACUCAGGAUACAAAGGGCAAUAUAUACCAUGGCAGAAACCUGGAUUAUCCCCACGAUGUGCUCAGAAAUCUUACUCUAGAUGUACUUUUUAUUAAAAAUGGAAAGGUGGCAUACAGAGGAACCACUUUUGCUGGUUAUGUUGGGCUGUGGACAGGACAGAGCCCCAACAAGUUUACAGUGUCUGGCAACGAACGCAAUAAGGGACAUUGGUGGGAGAAUGUCAUUUCAGCAGUUUUAUUAAAAAGUUCUCCAGUUAGCUGGCUAGUGCGAGAGACUCUUGAAGCAGCUGUGGAUUUCCAGGAUGCAAUAUUGAGACUGGCCAAGGUGCCGAUCAUUACAGAUGUUUAUUACAUUUUGGGUGGUGUUCAUGCUGGUGAGGGUGUGGUCAUAACCAGAGACCGGAGCGGAUCAGCUGACAUCUGGCCUCUUGAUCCACUUAAUGGAUACUGGUAUAGAGUUGAAACCAAUUAUGACCACUGGCUACCCGCCCCUAAACGAGACGACCGAAGAUAUGUGGCCAUGAAAGCACUGAAUGCCACUGGUCAAAACCAUAUUAGUAUGGAUUCUCUGUAUCAGGUUUUAUCCAUGGACCCAGUAUGUAAUAGGAUCACUGUUUAUACAGCCGUCAUGAGUGCCGCCACUCCUGAGAAGUACACAACAGUUGUCAGAGAUAUCUGUAUGUGAUGGAAUGACUCGUUCCCUUGACCAGCUCAGCCAUAAUUUUCACACAGCUUAGUUCUGAACUACCCAACAACUCCUGCUUCUAAAGUAGGGCUGCAAGAUAUUGUGAUAAAGCCUAUAUCCUGUUUCAGUAGGGAAAAUACUUGAUUUUUUAAUUGAUGACUUGAAUAGCUAUAUUUGGAAAGAAUCAUUAAAAUAAUUACCAAUAUCAGCAUAACUGCAAAUGUAUAACUGAUUUUAAUAACUUUAAUAAAUAAUAAGUUAAUAUUAAGUGACUUAAUAUUACUAGAAAUAAUAUUGGCUGCUUUUGCUCUAUUUUGUCAACACACAAAUGUAUACUUCUGUAAUAUAUUAAAGCAAGCCCCAAGAAGCUGUGGUGUACAGUGAAUUUGUAAGAGCUAAGGGGCAUUGUUAGGCACGGUGCGGAGCGCCUUUAUAAUACUGCAUGCAUUACUGAACGAUUAUUAUGAUAUAUAUUUACACAUUAAAAACAUAUAUGAUGGAUUCUCUCUCUUCUACAUGUAAUACACGAUUGAACUGA